AUGGCGCAUAUGCGUAAAAUUUCCCUCUUCUGGUUCAGUGAACUAGGCGGUGUCGGGGACCCGCUUAACCCCAUUUUGGGGAUAGAUAUUCUCGAUUUCCUUGCCUACUGGUCUCUGGCCAUUUAUUUCCUUCGGAUUCCUCAUCCUUUGCACUCGCUACCCGCUUUGUCAGCUUCACCGACACUUGGCCGAGGGGAUACCCACAGCUGGACCCUUAGCCUUGCUGAACAGCACACCCGGAUCAGCAUUCGCGAGCUAAUUAUAUGUGCCCACUGCCUCAUACAUUGGGUGGGAAUGGAGACGCCGCAUUUCUACCCAACCAUGAUGGAACGAGAAUAUGCCCCUCACCCAGCUUUACCUUCUCCUGUCGAUCUGCCUCUCUUUCUAUGUUAUAGAGUCCGGUUUGGUACAUGCGACCGGGGAUUUUGGAUGUCUUCAGCACCCCAGUUCAGGGACGAAUGGUCACGUGCCUAUACUAUUGCUGUUAAUGUUGUAGUAGUCAAGGGGAGGCUGCCCGUAGUUACUUACCUUCCCCCACCAUCAAUUGGUCGCCUCGUUCCCAAAAUGCUCACCAAUGCCCACUCUACAACACACUGCAAGCUGAUUCACCAGCUAAUGGAAAGUGGACAACAUCGCCUUCCUGAAGCCUCGACCCUCUUGGGUAUCUUGAUAGCACUCAGCUCUGACACAGUCUUACCUACUUACUACAAGAAAAAUCCAAUCUCGAUCCACUUACAAAACAACAAAAUGUGA